AUCAUCAUCACCAAAACAUCAUCAGUAUAUACAAAAUAUAAUUAAGAUGAGCAACGAAGAAGCUACUAAUGAGAAGGGUGUUCCCAAGCUGAAUGAGAGGAUCUUGUCUUCUUUGUCAAGGAGAUCUGUUGCUGCCCAUCCUUGGCAUGAUCUUGAGAUAGGAGCUGAAGCUCCAAACAUUGUCAAUUGCGUUAUUGAGAUUACAAAAGGAAGCAAAGUGAAAUAUGAACUUGACAAGAAAACUGGUCUGAUAAAGGUUGACCGUAUCUUGUAUUCAUCAGUGGUGUACCCUCACAACUAUGGCUUCAUUCCUCGUACAUUGUGUGAAGAUAACGACCCCAUGGACGUAUUAGUCCUCAUGCAGGAGCCUGUUAUUCCUGGUGCCUUUCUCCGAGCCAGGCCCAUAGGGCUCAUGCCUAUGAUUGAUCAGGGAGAGAUGGACGACAAGAUCAUAGCAGUCUGUGCUGACGAUCCUGAAUAUCGCCACUACACUGACAUCAACCAGCUCCCUCCUCAUCGUCUAGCUGAAAUCCGCCGCUUCUUUGAAGAUUACAAGAAAAAUGAGAACAAGAUUGUGGCAGUCAAUGAUUUUCUGCCUUCUGGUAAAGCUGUGGAUGCUAUCCAGUACUCCAUGGAUCUUUAUGCCGAGUACAUACUACACACCUUGAAGCAGUAAAUAUAAUGGCUGAAGUUGAAACAGAGUCACAGAGACAAGGAUUUAGGUAAAGGUGGAGGGUCAUCUUCUGAGGGCAUCCAGGAUUGAUGCAUUUUUGCUUUUGAAGUACAUUAGAGGGAACAAAAUUGACAAAGAUAUUAGCUGUUUUAGAGUUGGGUUUGGAGUAAAUAAACACCUGUAAUUUUUCAAUUGUAUUUUGAUUGAUUAUUUGAGUAAUAAUAAUAAUAUUGUCAAAU